AUGUUCCCCUCUUAUAUUUGCUUAUUUCUGUGGACUAGCCAGCCUGAAGACAGUGGUAUCGAGGUUGCUAACCAAACGACCGAGAACGUAGCAAGUUUACUCUGCUGAACCAGAAGCUGCCAGAUGGCAUAAUAUAAAAUAUUGCGAUAGUGCCCCAAAGACGUUGCACGUAGUAUUUUACCAUUUUGAUUUGGAUGUGUGAGAUUUAACAAAUUGUUUUACUUCUCAUGUUGAGCUACACAAGCUCUGUUCCUGUUGCAUAUGGUUACAAAUUCGCUGGCUGCACCUUUUUUGCCUCUGACUCCGAUGUAACAUAAGAUACAGAAUAGCAUAUGAUGUGUUUCCUAUAAACCAUCAUGCUUUAAGUACAUUCUAGGCACCAGCCUUUUGGGUUGGCAAACACCAAUUCCUGUGAUGAACGUAUGAAAAGUAUCCCUUCUGUGCUGAACUGGAUCAAACAGUCAUUAUACACACAGCAGGAGGAGGAGCCCAUCUAUAAACUUUUCAGUCACCACUAGUGACCCUCUUGAUAUUUUUACAUAGUCAUUUUCAAUAACAGCGGUCAAAGUAAUUUGUUUUUGAGCUGAAAGUGAAAGUCUGUGUCAGGGGACUGAAGUGUCUUGUCAUGGCUGCCUUAAUGGAAGUGGAUAAAGUGAAUACUCCAGAGCUGGAAAAUGGAGGGGGUCUUUUUGACCCUGUGCCUGAAGAUGCAGAAGUCAUUUCAACAUCUAAGCUGGCUCUUGUGAGUCCUAACAACGAGGAGUUUGAUCUGCUGUUGGAGGAUGUCACGUCCAGAUUGAUGGAGUCACAGGGGGAAACUAUCUACGAAAUAGGCACAGGAGAUGGCGACAGACCAGGAUUAAAGGAUGAUGACUACCAAGCAUCAGUGGCCACCCUUCACAGCAUAGCACAAACUUUGGACCUAGAAUGUGUGCUGUUACGAGAAAAGAUAGCAGAAGAAGGAAAAGUCUCGGAGUUCUUAUUGCGGAGGAAACUGGAUGCAGAAGAUUUUAUGGAAGUCAGGGUAGCUGUUGUGGGUAAUGUAGAUGCAGGAAAAAGCACACUGCUCGGUGUGUUAACACAUGGAGAACUGGACAAUGGCAGAGGUGUUGCCCGGCAGAAACUGUUCCGUCACAAGCAUGAAAUGGAGUCAGGACGAACGAGCAGUGUUGGGAAUGAUAUUCUUGGAUUUGAUGCCUCUGGGGAUGUUGUGAAUAAACCAGAGCAUGGCCAUUUAGACUGGAUAAAGAUCUGUGAGGAAGCUGCAAAGGUGAUCACAUUCAUUGAUUUAGCAGGGCAUGAGCGUUAUCUCAAAACAACAGUGUUUGGAAUGACAGGGCAUGCACCAGAUUUUGCUAUGUUGAUGAUCGGAGCGAACGCUGGCGUGAUUGGUAUGACCAAAGAGCACUUGGGUUUGGCUCUGGCCCUGAAUGUGCCGGUGUUUGUUGUGGUCACAAAAAUCGACAUGUGUCCUCCCAACGUGUUACAGGAGACUCUCAAGCUCCUCACCAGAAUUCUCAAGUCUCCAGGCUGUCGCAAGAUCCCAGUGUUAGUCCAGAACACUGAUGAUGUGGUUGUGACAGCUACCAACUUCACAUCGGAAAGAAUGUGUCCAGUAUUCCAAGUGUCCAACGUGACGGGGGAAAAUCUGAAUCUGCUGAAAAUGUUCCUGAACCUUCUGUCCACUCGGGUGAAAGGUGACCUUACGGAGCCUGCCGAGUUUCAAAUAGAUGACACCUUCUCUGUGCCGGGUGUUGGAACUGUAGUCUCAGGCACGUUACUCCAAGGUCAUAUCAAACUGAAUGAUACAUUACUACUGGGGCCCGAUGCUCUUGGUCAGUUCAUGCCGAUCCCCAUCAAGAGUAUCCACCGAAAGAGAAUGCCUGUGAAAGAAGUCAGAGGUGGCCAGACUGCCUCAUUUGCUCUAAAAAAGAUCAAACGAGCAUCAAUACGAAAAGGCAUGGUGAUGGUAUCACCAAGGCUUGAGCCCAAGGCGUGCUGGGAGUUUGAGGGAGAGAUUCUUGUCUUACAUCACCCGACCACGAUAAGUGUCAAGUACCAAGCCAUGGUUCAUGUUGGCAGCGUGAGGCAAACGGCAACCAUCAUCACCAUGACAGAGGAGCACCUCAGGACCGGAGACAAGGCCACUGUCAGGUUCCGUUUCAUAAAAAAUCCCGAGUACCUCAAAACGGACAUGAGAAUGGUUUUCCGAGAGGGUCGAACAAAAGCGGUGGGCAACAUCACUAAGCUGUUCCCCCAUGUUAGUGCUGUGGCUCAGAACACUCGGCAUCAGCGCUCGGCCAAAAAGUCGCAAGACAUCAAACACUCUGUAAAUCCACAAAACGAACCCCAGAAAGCCAGCAAGAGAAAUCGCCGGGCUAAAAAAAUGCCAGACUUUGACGAUGGAGAGGGUAAAGACACGCCAUCAACAACAAACUCGAUAACACCACGGGUAAUGGAUGAGUCAUCGUUAGCAACUUGCUCGUCAUCUUCAAGUCCAGCACCAUCAUCAGCACCAUCGUCAGCAGCAGCAGCAGCAGCGGCAGCAGCAGCAACAUAAGUAUAAACUGGAACUUUUUUGUUAGGGUUAUUUUUAAUUUAAUUCCCAGCGAUUUGAUAUGAAGUUUGCUAGUGGCAUAAUGGUAUUUUUGACCAUUUGAACGACUGCUUUGUUGUAGAGCUUCAAAAUGUCUCAUGUUUUUCAUCUUGUUAAAGUUUGACGCUUGAUGGAAUGUUGCCAGUUUUUUAAUGAUUUGUCUGAAAAGUGGGUGAAAAAGUAGGGCUCUUUUAAGUGAUUGAGGAAUUACAAUAGUUUCGUAUUCCCCAGUGCUGCUGCUGUAGGAUACUCAGGUGUCUACUUUUAUCUUCAUAUGAGUAUGUACCCGUUGAUAGUUAUUGUAAGUAAGAUCUUCUUUGUAUCUUUUAGUGAGACUGGUUUUUUACAAAACAUUUUUCUUGCCACUGCAUUUUCCAUCAUGAUUUUUAAAGUCAAGACUAGGUGUGAGAAAUUUUAACACUUUGAACAAGUUUAUGAUUUGUGCCGUUUUUGCAAUUUGAAGUAGGGCCUAAUAAUAAAUGUUAUCAAAGAGAAGAAGUGAAUUUUUAUGCUCUUUGCAUGUGAGUUUUUGUACAUUUUUUGGGAGAACGUACCUGAUCACUUUUAUGUGUGAACCUUUCUGCUGGUUUUCUGUAAUUUUGUUGAAUAAUAAAAUGUAUGUGAAGGGUUUGAUGGUAAGAAAAAAACAGUUGUGCUUCAGAAGGGUGGUUGAUGGGGUAUGGAUGGAGACUGCAAAAACCUGUGUCUUAAUUUUCCUUUUCUCUAUAUCUUGUUUCCCUUCUUUAAGAAUUUAUUGUAUAUAUGAAUCUUUUAAUCAUUUGUGGCAUUUUUGUUCUAGUUCUAGUCCGUUGAAUGCAUUGAAUUGGUAUAUUUGGUCGUUUACAUUUUAUGGUUAUUUUCUGAGAUCAAGGUUUUGUGCAGGCAUCACCAUUUUUUGAGACCUGAUUUUUAACUUAUAGAAAUUAAGUAUUGUGAGUUGUGAAUGAUAUAUUUAAGAAGGAAAAUUUUGUCUGUAGUGGUGUAAGUUUCUACUUCAGAUUCAAUGAAGUACAGUUAGAGGGAUGUGGAUAUAUUUUUAAAUUUUAUUAAUGAGAAUUUUUGUUUAUCUUUGGAUAGUUUCCUCAUCUGUUUCUUUUAAUGCCAUCUUUUUAUGUUGUACCUCUCUUAUUAAAGAUCACUUUUAUCACAAAAAGUAAUUACUGAGGCUCAUAACAAGUGUUUUAUUUUUAAAAUGAAAAUGUAAUCAAACAUAGGGUCGAAACUGAAACUUUGACUGAAGAGUAUGAAACCCUUUCUUUCAAUCUGUAGCUUGGUGUGUCUGGAAGGAAAACCAAGGUUGAAAAGUUAUUUAAAGGAGCUGGACACUGGAAAAAUAUUCGCCUGCUCAAUUGAGUUUGUGUUUUGUCUUGCUUGCAUUCUAAGGUUAUAAAUCUAUUUUUUAUGAAUGGUUGGCAGUUUUAAGUAGCGACUGGAAGCUACUAUCUGUUUACGUCCAUUUGGUUUUCUCUUUAAAAAAAAAAAAAAAUCUAUGGUAUUUCAAUUCACCAUUAGUGCUUAAAGAAAUUAUAUUAUACUAUAGUAGUCUCUGUCUGAACUCACGAUGCUCGGAAGAGCUCCUACGCGUGCGUUAACUCGGAGUGUGUGUUUAUGUGAACGUUUGUAAAGGAGGAAAGGGACGCAAAUAUCUCAUUUCCUUGAUAUUUUAGUGACCUCCCUUGGGGGAUAGGGGGCCACUUUUAAUGCGAUGAAAUUUGACUGCAUUUUGUAAUGGAUUCCCCGAUCGCUGUCACGUCUACAAAUAUGUUAAUGGAAACUUGGAAAAAAGCAGAAAGACAGACUCACUGGUCGGAUGCACACUAACAUGGCAAGAAAAGAUUAUAGGACGCUGUUGGUGAUAGUCAUCGUUAUAGGGAAGAGUGCUCAGCCACGCAGCCACUCUUGAUUGCCUUUCAUCUUUGUAACUCGGUAAAUGCAUGGAUAACAUCAGACAUUCUGAGAGAUUUUUCUCUGGUAAUUCAUUGACCAAGUGCGUUAUAAUUUCUUCGAGAACAGCUGAUCUUAAGCUAAAACAGCACCUGGACAUGGAUGGCUGGUGCCUCUAUGAAUAAAUCAUUGAUGGUCAACUGCUGAUCACUUGACCAAUCUUUAAUUCAAAGGCCUAUCCAGUAUUCUACAGCAUUCAUGCGUAUUGCACAUCAUAAUUAUGCACAAGCUUAACUGAACAUUAGUCAACUAACACCAGUGAGAAACCUUCUCUCAAAGAUGCAUUUCGAGUGACCAAGCAAAAGAUGUUUCAUAAGUCAUCCUCUAGAUAUAUCGUUCUUCCAGUCCUAUAGUCAUCUGUGUCUGUUGACAGUAGGGUGUAAAAACACUCUCCAUCACUCUCUUUAUCUUUGUUCUGAGUGAGGGGAAGUCUCGCCCAAUAUCCAGUUGUCUAGAAUUGUCUUAUGCAAGCUGUGUAGGUUGUAGCGAAAAUUUCCUUUUGUCAAACUGUAGCUAUUGAUGUGCUUGCUGGAUUGAAACGUGCAUUAAGAGGAAGUGACAGUGCAUUUAUACUUAUACAUGUUAGUCUCUAAAUUUUAUUUAAUUAUUCAGUAAAAUAAAAAGUCAUAUAGAUGACAAAAGCGUGCGUUUGAUUGGAGCAUGCCUUUGCAUGACGUGCGUUAGACAGAGACAUCUGUAGCAAGUUUCUUUUUAUCAUCACAGUUGGGCAAACCAUAUUUAUUGGUCAAUAUCAUAAAUCUCUAUAGAAUUUAAGAAUAAGUUGAAAAGGCAUAGAAAGAACAUCUUUUCCAAAGUUCUGUGUCGACCAAUUUUAAUAUAAAGGUUGUCAGUUUGUCAUUUUGUUGAAGUUACUCUAAGGCUGCAAAUUAGCUUUUCUCAUGGCUCUUGCUAUGCCUUAAAAUUUGAAAACCUUAUGAAGUGUGGAGAUUUACUGUACCCUUUGUGCUGUGUGCCUGAUCGCUAUACAUGUUGUCGUAUGAUUUCAAUUUUUUUACUCUAUGCAAAGAAAUCAAAUAGCAUAAAAUUUAUGUGUCUCAUCAAAUCAGCAUUUUGGCAACACAGCAGAACAUGUGUACCAGUGUAUAUUCUUUUUUUAUACCAGCUAUACAAAGAGCAUAUGAUACUGAAAGUACUUCAAGCCUGUUAGGCAGUGGGGAGUAUCAUUCUUUGUUAUUCUUGGAAAGAAAACUGAGGUUUAUCUGUACACCAUACGAAUACGAAUGUUUUGGUGUAUUGUUUAGGUCUAUUUGUUGAAAUCAGAUAAAUUGUUGGAACUGUACCUUGUGUGAAACUGAAAAUGCUCUUGAAAAUGUCGGUCUGAAGUUCUUAGAAAAUCUGAGCUUUUUUGCUGUUAAGAGAUUUUUCCUGUAAUCUGCUGUGCUCCUCUAUGUACGUAUGUUUUGAUGGACAUGUUAGAAUAGAGAAAAUCAAUGAAUGAUCAAAUAGGUGCAGUUCUUUACAGGCUUUUACCAUCUUGAAUUUUAGAGGGUCGUUAAAAUUAAUUUUAUGGUUUUAAAAAGCUGUUUUAGUUCCAAAGGAACAAAUGUAAAAAUCAUUAUCCUUAUGAAUGCUAUCUUAAAUGUUUAUGCCACCUUUAUUUCUUCAGUUACAAGCUAGGCUGAGAUCUUUAAAAAAAAUGUAAGUUUGUGUUUUUACUUGCCGUCUAUUCUAUCAUUGCAGUGUGCCAUGGACAAAGUUUUUGUACAAUUUGUGAGUAUAGACCUUUGCUAGACCCAUGAUGACUUUUUGCUAGUCACUGGCUACUUUUAAUGCACUGAAUCUCCAUCGUCACACGACAUCUUUGAAAAUACUUUCUGUGUGUCCAUAUUGUAGAGAUUUAUACUUCCACCUCGGAAAGAAAAGUCCGAAAACCUUACCUCAUCUUCACCCACAUACCACUUUCUGUUGAAAAUCUGUCACAGACUACAGCUUUGAUCAAGUCAAGUCUCUGAUUUGCCAAAAGGAUAUUACGCCUUGCUUUAAACUUUGCCCCUCAUCCACCCUCAUGUGUAAUGCGUUUCAUCUGAAUAAAAUUCGAUACAUCUGAACAUGAAA